UCUUUUCAUUCCAAUUCUCCUUAAAACCGGCAAUGAGUCAAGCAUCGAUCGUCUGAUGAAACAAAUUACUAAUUUCAUGUCUGACAUUGGUGAUGACUUUAAGAUUGUUGUCGUGGAAGCCAUCAGAUCCUUGUGUUUAAAGUUCCUCCUCAAGUACCGAUCUCUGAUGAAUUUCUUGAGCAAUAUUUUGAGAGAAGAAGGUGGGUUUGAGUACAAGAAAGCAAUAGUUGAUUCAAUUGUGAUUCUUAUAAGAGAUAUUUCUGAUGCUAAAGAAAGUGGGCUCCUUCAUUUAUGUGAAUUCAUUGAGGAUUGUGAAUUUACAUAUCUUUCCACUCAGAUACUGCACUUUAUUGGAAAUGAAGGGCCUAAGACUUCAGAUCCUAGUAAAUACAUUAGAUACAUAUAUAACCGGGUAAUACUUGAAAAUGCAACAGUUCGGGCAUGUGCUGUCAGUACUCUAGCAAAAUUUGGAGCAAUAAUUGACUCAUUGAAGCCCCGCAUCUUUGUUCUGUUGAAAAGGUGUCUAUUUGACAAUGAUGAUGAGGUUCGUGACAGGGCAACACUUUAUCUGAAUACCUUAGGAGGUGAUGGUGCUAUUGUUGAAACUGAUGAAGAGGUGAAGGAAUUCUUGUUUGGGCCACUUGGUGUCCCGACAGUAAAUUUAGAAACAAAUUUGAAGAACUACGUCCCCUCAGAUGAGCCAUUUGAUAUCAAUUGUGUUCCAAAGGAGUUUAAGUCUCAAUCCAUUGCUGAGAAGAAAGCACAUGGCAAAAAACCUAGUGGUCUAACUGCCCCUCCUUCUGGCCCCACAUCAGCUGUUGAUGCAUAUGAAAAUUUACUUGCAUCCAUACUAGAGUUUUCAAGCUAUGGGAAGCUUUUUAAGUCAUCAACACCAGUGGAACUUACAGAAGCCGAGACAGAAUAUUCAGUCAAUGUGGUGAAACACAUAUUUGAUAGCCAUGUUGUAUUUCAGUACAAUUGCACAAACACAAUUCCAGAGCAAUUGUUGGAGAAUGUCACUGUUAUUGUUGAUGCUUUUGAAGUUGAGGAAUUUUCUGAAGUGGCUGCUAAACCCCUCACAUCUCUUCCAUAUGAUUCACCUGGGCAGACAUUUAUAGCUUUUGAGAAACCAGAAGGAGUGCCUGCAGUUGGUAAAUUCUCAAAUACAUUGAGGUUCAUUGUUAAAGAGGUCGAUCAAAGUACUGGCGAAGCAGAGGAAGAUGGGGUGGAAGAUGAAUACCAACUAGAGGACGUGGAGGUGGUUGCAGCAGACUAUAUGCUUAAAGUGGGUGUGUCCAAUUUUAGGAAUGCAUGGGAAAGCAUGACGCCAGAUAGUGAGCACGUGGAUGAAUACGGUCUUGGUCAUAGAGAAAGCUUGGCUGAGGCUGUUAAUGCUGUCAUUAAUCUCCUUGGCAUGCAGCCCUGCGAGGGAACGGAAGUGGUGCCAAGCAAUGCAAGAUCACAUACAUGCUUACUGUCGGGACUAUACAUAGGGAAUGUGAAGGUCCUUGUUAGGUUAGGAUUUGGAAUCGAUAGGAUGAAAGAGGUUGCCAUGAAGUUGGCCGUUCGAUCUGAGGAUGCCUCUGUCAGUCUUGCAAUUCAUGAAAUCGUUGCAAGUGGAUAAUCUUUCAUUCUUUCUUGCUUACAAAGGAAAGCUUAAACUGGGCUUUGUGAGAGAUA